CCAUGUUCGUAAAUACCGACAUUAGAAAAGAGAUGUAUAAAGCAAAUGUGGAUGCCCAAUUUAAAAAGCUUUACAUUUAUCAUAUGGAGAAUGUGAGCAUAUUAUUUGCUGAUAUUAAGGGCUUCACUGAGUUAGCAAGUAAAACUUCAGCACAGCAGCUGGUGAAAAUUUUAAAUGAUUUAUUUGCUCGCUUUGACAAAAUCGCGGAGGACAAUCACUGCUUACGGAUAAAGCUACUUGGGGACUGUUACUACUGUAUAUCCAUGUUUGACUCUAGUAGCUGGAAAUCGCGUCCAGAUCAUGCUGUUUGUAGUGUUGAAACUGGACUCCACAUGAUUAAAGCUAUUAAGGAUGUUCGACAUAAUACACAUGUCGACUUGGAUAUGAGAAUUGGAAUUCACAGCGGAUCUGUGAUGUGCGGCGUAUUAGGGGAUAAAAAAUGGCAUUUUGAUGUUUGGUCGAAUGACGUUAUAAUAGCUAAUCACAUGGAAAGCGGUGGUGUGCCUGGACGCGUUCAUAUAUCUGAAGCGACUCUAAAAUGUCUUAAUGAUGCAUAUGAAGUUGAACCUGGUGAUGGAGGUAUUCGUGACAAUCAUUUGAAAAUGCUAAACAUUAAAACCUAUUUGAUUAAGCGAACAGAACCACUAAGAGCUAGAAAGCGUUAUAGUACACGUCGAAUGAGUGUAAUGUCUGAUCAAACGACAAAAAGUGAAGUUGCUAGAAACAAUGUGUCACUGAUUGGAAAUUUGUUUGAAAAUGAAAGUAGCGAUGAAUGUGAUAGGCGCCAUUUGAAAAGAGACUCCCGACACACAAUUCCAGACGAAACAACAGAUUGGAUUCCGGAGAUUCCAUUCUGGAAUAGGGACGAAAAUAUGUCUGAUUUGAUUGAAACAAAGGAAAAUUCAGAGGGAUUAACUCCAUCACAAGAGGAUCGCCUGUUGAGUGAGCCAACCGAUGUGAAUCGUGAGGUUAACAAAGGGGAAGCGAGCUCAGGGCCUGACUCAAAUCUGUCGGUGGUAAAUUCGGAAACAAAACCGAAUAAGGCAAAAACAUCUCGCCCAUACACCGGCACGAUUAAGAAGGAGAUCACAAUCGCCCUCAACUCAAACACUGAGGCCACUGGUGUUAUUAACAUUGAAAAAAGUGGCAAACGCAAUCGCACACGAACCAAAAAUCAAAGAACGAUUGCAAAAAAGAAUGCCGAUCCUACUUCUCGCUUGAAAAACGAUGCCAACGCAACAACACCAAAGCGUGGCCGUGAGCAAGGUGGUACACCACCGAAUGCUAGCCAGCUAAAAAUCACACCGGCUCUGGCUAAAUCCCAACCAAAUCGGCAACCCUCACAAAUUGAUCGGCCAAAACCGAAGAACGGGACUGGGAAACUGUGUGCCCAACGGACGAGGAAUCACACCAAAAUGCAACAGCCGGCAAACCCGUACAAAUCUCUGCCAGAAGAGCUGUUGCUUGCAAGCGAAGCCGAAUUGCCAUCGUUACUGCUACAACGAUCGCUGCGCAGGAAAUCAACAAGGCUAUCACAACAGAUAGUAGUAAAUCAUGUCACAUCGGAUGAUUGCGCUUUUCUCACCAAAAUGUAUUAUCAGAAGUGUUUCAUGUAUAUGUCCCGAAGACGACACGAUAAUUCUGACUGA